CGGCCGGAGCAGCAGCCGUCCUCUUGCAGUGCGCUCCCGCGUCGAAGGGCAAAGCCGAGCAGAGCGAAGUCGCGAGGUUGUGCGCGAGUGUGCCCCGAUACGAGUGCCAAGCGCAGCCGCGGACGUCGGCCAUGGAGCUGCAGGAGGUGUUCCGCUACAGCUACAUGUUCCCCGAGGAGCUGCCGACCUACCUCGAGCUGCCGGCCGGCUACGGCGGCAAGCUCGCCGGGCUGCCGCCGAUGAGCAGCAUCGCGCAGCACCAGCACCAGCCGCAGACGCUGCUUCAGCAGCAGUGCAACGCCUACGACAACAACAGCGACGGCUGGCACACGCCGAGUCCCGCGGGCUCACUGCGCUCGCUCAGCCCGGCAGCCACGCCGAUCUCCGUGUCCGAGCCGGAGACGACGGCUUGCCACCGCCAGCUCGGCCUGGCGCAGAUCCAGCACUACGAGCACCAGCCGCAGCCGCACUACGUCGACUACUCGCAGCAGCCGGUGCCGCUGCCGGCGCAGCUGCAGCCGCAGCCGCAGCAGCAGCAGCCGCAGCAGCCGCAGCAGCAGCAGCAGCAGCAUCAGCAGCAGCAGUCGCAACGCGACGAGGAGCGGACAGCGUGCGAGCCGCCGGCCAGCAAGCGGCAGCGAGUCCAGUCGGAGCACAGCAGCGUCAACUCCAGUCUGGAGGAGAGCGACCUGGACGAGCUGGAGGAGCACUCGACGAGCGGCAGCUCGAGCGGCGGCCGACGAGGCAAGCAGGUCAGCUCGACGGUCGUGCGGAAGCGCAGGCUGGCGGCGAACGCGCGCGAGCGCAGGCGCAUGCAAAACCUCAACAAGGCCUUCGACAAGUUGCGCACCUACCUGCCCUCGCUCAGCAACGACAGGCAGCUGUCCAAGUACGAGACGCUGCAGAUGGCACAGUCCUACAUCUCCGCGCUCGCCAAUCUUCUGCAGUAGCUCUUCCCGGCAGAUCGACCGUUUCCUGUAAAUACCUCUUGUUGCCUACGUUCACUGUACAUAAGUCGUUGGAACGCUCAUCCUAUAGUUUACGUUCUUUAAGAAGGUUUCUGUAAAUAGCGGACGCGAGAAGUGUUGAUUCGCCGUGUGCGAUCUGUCUGUGCCACUGAUUUUUUAUGCUUUACGCGAGCGUUUUAGGUCAUUCAGCUGGUGCAAAUGAUAUAUCGACUAAGUUAUUUAAUUCUAAUGCGUAUUUAUAUAGUUUCAUGCAACGACAACAAAAAAUCUGUAAGAGACUGACUAUCGUACAUAGUUAUUUAUAUUGACGCUGUUAAAUAAAAAAUAAG